UCCGACUGAACUUUCUCCCGGCACUACCUUUAUCAUGCUUGCUUUUUUUUUCAGUGUGAGCUCUUGUCCUCGCCGUACAUGGUGUAUGCAAAUAAGGGCUCGCACACGCACAAGUUGCCCCUACAUAACCUUGAACUUUCAAGGCCAGUGCUCUGCGCAUUGCUGCCCCAGUCAAGUGCAGUUAUCAAUAGCCUACUAGACUUAGAUAAGCGGGGCGGCAGCAGUGGCGGGCACGAAUAGGCGGCUGUGUUGCCAAGACGGUAGGCGUGUUGUCGAAGAUACGUCACCAUAUCGUUCCCAGUCACGUCUUUGUCUGGAUUGGACUCCCUUUCCACGUAUAUGAACAGUUCUAUCAGCCGGUGAUCAACAGACAGAAACCUACAUGAAGAUGGCGUAUUCCAAGAAGGACCUGUGCUGCCAAUGCGUCCCAACAAAAGCCACCAACACGAUGCUCUACUCCCUUCUGAUGGACCCGCAGCGAAGACCCAGUUCCACAGGAUCGUCCUGUUGCCACAGCAACACGGAAAGUGAGACUGAUCCCCAGCAGGGCGUUUUGGACCUUUCCAUGCGGAAUUCGCAACAAAAGCACAGAUCUUCGGAGUCGUCGGACAGUGAGAAACCAGCGACAGUAUUACACAGACUCGCUCCCGAGCACUACGCCAUGAUACACCACGCAGCGUCACAAGUUUUGAUCCAGACCAUUGAUUUCAUGAGGAAGUUGCCGGCGUUCACGUACCUUCCACCCAACGACCAGAUGCUGCUACUGAUGCGGAGCUGGCACGAGAUUGUUGCCAUUGGGGUGGCGCAGGAGAAGGUUCCGAUCGACACAGUUUCAGUCCCGGCACCUCCGUGCGAGUGUUGCACAGGUGCAGAAAUGCACUGGGGAGGAACACCGCCGCCCACCCUAACAAUGCCGGGGUGCAUCCUGAGUUCGGACUUGGACGAUAUACAACAGUUCGUUAUGAAGUACCAGUCGUUGGACUUAGACUGUAAAGAAGCAGCAUAUCUGAAAGCAGCUGUCCUCUUCACCCCAGUUCCAGGACUCGCCCACCCACACUACAUCGAGGCUCUACAGAAAGAGGCACAGCAAGCGCUCAACGAAUACACCAUGAUGACGCGGCCUCUUGAGACGCUACGAUUCGCCCGCAUCCUCCUGAUGGUUCCUCUCCUGAGGGGUAUCAAGCAGGAACCAAUCACAGAGCUGUUCUUCAGACCUCUCAUUGCCAACGUUCGCAUGGAGGACGUUCUACGCCAGAUGUUGUUCACCUGAACAUUCCAGACCCACAAGAGCUGAUAUCAGAAAAACACAAGACAAAGAAAGCCUCCCCUUUGAAUAUUAUCAUAUUGUCAUAAAUAUUACGAUAUCGAAAACAAAAAAAGAGGGUUAUCAGUUGAAAUUUUUCUUCAGCUGAAAGAUACGCCUAGAGAAGCAAGUUGAUGACAGAUAGAUUGGAACCCAUUUCUUUUGUGUGAAUUCCAAGAAGUAAUGACAUGUAUCCUCUCAUUGGCUGAGCCAGUUUUCACUUCAAUUUUCAUUGGUCCAAUGGAUGACAGAAUUGGGAUUCUUAUUGGCUGAGCCAAAGCAAUCAUGGAAACAAGAAAAAGCUGUAAUAGAACAAUUAUGUCUUUUUUGAGUUUAGGAAAUUGGUCCAAUACAAAACUGUCAUCUGUACAAUCUUAGUACAUACAAUGUACUACACCAUACCCUGUCGAACUGCAGUAGAAGUGUUAUAUUGUCGUGAGUGAUACCCCUGUCACUUUAGCGAUAUGUCACUUGUAUGAGCAACCAACCCUCUGCUUUGUAGUUCAGCCUGUGUUGUUUUGAGCAGCUGAACUAGUGAGUAUCACUGUUGCAGCCAGUAGUAUCUACAUGUAGGGUUCACAUCCAUGUUGUCUACAAAGACAUCCUGCAUACACCCAGUAGAUCAAGCAAAAAAAGGAAGGAAUGUUGUUGAGCCGAAGUUCAUGUAACUCCAAACUAUGAUGAUCUAGAAUUUGACUGGUUCAAACAGAUCUGUAGAUGCUGCUCUUAGCUUUGUGCACUGACCAAUCAGGCCAGGCUAUUAUCCUACACAACUGAUCAAGUUACAAGUGAACAUCUGAUUGUUGUAGAGGGCUAUACUAUAGUUUGCAACAGUUAGAAAGCAAUAUCAAAAUGACCAUGUCUUUGGUAAAGCAUAAACACAACAACAAAGUUUUUUUUUUAAAUUAUCAUUUAGGCUCAUAUGAUAUUGUUUUCUUCUCAAAGGUGUAAAAUGACAAAAGUUAUAGAAAGUGAAGAUUGUAAGGUGAUUAAGUGGCUCGUGAGUCACAACUUGAGUCCACAGACAAUAUACAAUAUAUACUACAGUAUGCAGUGUGAGGCAUGCUGUGGCCCUUCAGUACCAAGGACAGGUCAUCACAAACAAGUUUGUACAGGAGGGUAUGAAGAACUGAGAACAGAGAGAGAGGAAGUGAUUAUUUUUUCAGCUUGCCUUGAUGUGGCGCUAUCACUGUAUUGCUUACGCACAACUAGCAUCUGCACAUUACAUAGCAGAUGUGGUGGCAUGGAUGUAUUACUAUUGUAAGAUAUGUAUGCUGAAUGAUGCAGAAAUAUGAAUUUUGUGUAUAAGAUUAUGAAAAAUAGUAUAAGAGGAUCUAUAUGUGUAUAACUUUAUAUAUAAAAAAAUAGCUCCUGUUGGGAACAAUAGAGUGCAUUAUUAUAUUAUUGUCUAUGUUAGCAUACUUAUGCAAGAGGGGAUGUCAAGCCAAGGAUAUGACGUUACCCAGAAGGUGCGAAAGAAGGGUGUCAUUUUACAUCAUUUUGUCCUGUAGCAUUGACACGUUAUGAGGACUUUAUGUCCCACCCCAACACUUUGACUUUUGGGAGUUAUGUCAGAUAUGAGAUGAGAAGGACAGACUUCUACAAUAUGGAACAUGGAUGUUAUUGUUGCUUUUAGUUAUAUUUCUUGACCAGGCAGUUAUAUUGAAAAUGAAACCCAAGUUUCACCAUUCAUAAAUGGAGUUUUAGAAGGGUCAUAUCAAAAAGCUGUUUUCUUGGAAAUUCCAAAAUAUAGAGAAAAUGAAGAAAACUGACAGGUGGUAAAGUGGCUAUGCUGGAGUUAUUCCAAGUGCAAACAUACUGAAAGAGGCUAAUUUUGUGGAAGAGUUAAAACACAAAAAUGACUGUUUCACAAGAAUGGUUUCAUCCAGGUAUGUGUAUUAUUUUUGUCCUUUACAAUCCUAAAACUGCUUAGAAUUAUGUUUUGCGAGAGUCAUCAUUGAACGCCUGGAAAGCGAAAAAGCCGUACAUGUAGAGGUGUCCAAUGAGUGUGGCCUUGUCUGCGUGUUGUAUUGGGAAUUUGUACUUUGUUAAAGAAGAUCUUAAUGCAGCAUUUGCUCAGAUGUAUAACAAACAUGCUAUAAAUACAGGCCCUUUGCCAAUGUGUCAAUGAUGAUCACAUUUUUGAUGUAUGGCAACUGACAACAACAUCAUAAGUCGAAGUUGUCUGAGCUUCUCCACAAGUUGUACGUGCUGUGUUCUUGUGUCAAAAACACAGCACGAAAGAGAUGGCUUUAAAGAACAGUUUUUAUUCAUAGGAAACACAAACUUUUAUGCAAAGUGUCAUUUUUCAAUCUGGUGGCUGUUGGUUGAGGUUUAUGUAUCAAAUGGCUUUUGUUUACGCCAUCAUACAAAACAGAUGAUUAGUCAUCGGGAUGAUGUGAUAUCAGUACUUGCGCUGCCCUUGUUUUAUCAGAUGGAGAGUGUACAUGAAAGGUUUUAAAGUAUGAAGGUGCCAAAUGUGACCGUGCAAACAGCCACAACUUGUGUUCUUUGUGCUGCCAUUUAAAAUAUUCUUUUGUAUCAGCACUAUUGGAGCGACUUUUACGAAUGCAUGGCAUCAACAGGAUAGAAUCUUGUGGACAUUUACUUUCAGUUCGUGUCAAAACAGCGUUUCCUGUUUCAUAACUGUUGGCUCAUCCUCUUCCAUCAGAUCGUAGAAGGUCAGAUCCUGGAUGAAUAUUUGGCAACAAGAGGCCCGAGGCCCGCUUUGAAAUCUGUAUUGGGAAAAUGAAACCUUGUUUCUUUGAUGAUCUCAUCAAGCAGUGUUUAGCCUCCGGAUCCAGUUAUUUUCAUUGGGCUUUGUAUUUUUGUACUGUUUUGUUGAUGUCUCUCUGCCUUAGGUGACACAUCAACAAAUCGGUACAAAAAUAGAAAGUCUGAUAAAAAUGCUGAAAGAAACAGCAGGAGCCUAACCUCUGUUUGGACAGUGUUUUUAUGAGACUUGUGUUCAAUUGAAACUGAGUUUUCAACACAAAAGAUUUGGUACAAAGUGGCAGUUCAAGAAUGCUGACAUCAAAUUCAAAGAAUUUGAUCUUAGAUAUUAGAGAAGACAUUGAUCUUCAUUCAGGCGAAUGCUGUUUUUCAUUCUGGAAGUUUCCAAGGUGGCCAAGCAAUUGCUUACUUGUCUGCUGCUUUUUAUAUGUGGAGUUUGGAAAAUGUUUACUGAAGGCCAUGUAGGUGGAAUUCAGUUGCUUACCCUGUCUCUGGUUUUGAAGUAUUUGUGAACAUACAACUUGUAAUUUACAAGGCAGAGAUCAUACCACAAGUUGGCUUCUUGAUGUUAUGCACUUUGUAAUUUAUUGCACAGAGUUGGGUUUGAAUAAAUACUAUUUAUGCCUUGAA